AUGUCGGAUGGAAUGGGAUUGGUGAAGGCUGAAGUGGCUAUUAUGAAAAAAUUGGCUCAUCCUAAUAUCGUUUCACUCAUCGAAGUGAUAGAUACAGAUACAGAUAGUUUAUUCUUUGUUUUAGAAUUAUGUCCAUACGGAUCAGUCAUGCCAAUAGAACUAGGAAAAGAUCCAAGUUCAUCUCGUUUAUCUAUCAACCAAUCUAAGAAUAUCUUUAGACAAAUCGUUUUAGGAAUUGAGUAUUUACAUUUUAAUGAGAUCUUACAUCGGGAUAUUAAACCGGAUAAUGUGUUGUUUUUUGAUGAUCCUACAAAAACCGAGAUGCCUUUGUGUAAGAUUGUGGAUUUUGGAGUUAGUGAGAAGUUUGGUAAGGAUGGAGAUGAUACUACCAAAAAAUUAGCUGGUUCACCUGCUUUUAUUUCUCCUGAACUUUGUGCUUCAACUGGUGGAACAAGAGGAAAACCAGCAGAUAUUUGGGCCAUGGGUGUUACCUUGUAUACACUUGUGGUUGGGAAAUUGCCUUUUGAGGAUACGAACCAAUUAGCAUUAUGUGAAAAGAUUAUGAAGGAUCCGUUAGUGUAUAGACUUUUUAUACCUGAUGGACUGGAUCCGGAUCUGGAAGAUUUAUUGAAAAGGUUAUUAGAUAAAUCACCUGAUUCUCGAAUCGAAAUGCAUGAGAUCAAAGAACAUCCAUGGGUGACUAAUCAUUCUCAAGAUCCAUUACCAAGUACAUCAGAAAAUGUCACACCUGUCAAUCCACCUACCGAAUUAGAAAUCGCAUAUGCUUUUAAAAGUUUAAGGUCUUUGAGUACGAUUGUGAAAGCUGUGACUAGGUUGAAGGCUAGGUAUAGGUUAUCACGUAGAACACUUUCUCAUGAUGAUGAUGAUGAAAUUAAACCUACGAUUCUUAGGAAUGGGAAUUUAUCGGUCACACUUGAGAAGGAGAAGGAGAAGGAGAAGGAUGGGAAGGAAGAAUCGGGUGUACUGGAAGAAUCGGGGGUGGAUGGAUCGGUUUGUUUGUCGCCUGGGUCUUUGGUUCUUGAACUUGAGAGUACUUCUACUUUACCUUCUACUUCUACUUCGUUACUUUCACCACCUUCUAAUUUGUUAAUUUCUCCGUCUGCUCCUGCUCCUGCUUCUGCUUCUGCUUCUGCUUCUGCUUCUUCUUCUGAUACUUUGGGAUUUGAAGAAUCUUUUGAAACUUGUUUGGAUCUCAAUCAAUGA